GUGCCAGGAAACGUACAAUGACGACAUGGACACGUACGACGCAGCUCUAACAAUUGGCCAUUCCGUAAACAAGACGAAGAUCAAACAGGAGAAGACAGGAGACACAGAAUGGAAUCAGAAUGAACAAAAUGAUGAGCCAUUUCAAAAUACGUAUGGCGCAAACCUACCAUGCAGUUGUCCUGAUAACAAGACUUACAACAGCGGAGAGCAGGCAACAGACAUAGGACGACAGCAGGACGCUCUAGGCAAGGAAACGUUCGGUGCAAACUGUACCUUGUCUGAUAAAGACGUCUUGCCACAGACAGCUGCACAGAGCCAAACAUUUCAGGAGGGCAACCAUGUGGCAGAACACACCUACAUUUGUUGGAAGUGCGACUACCGAGCAACAGAAAAGGAUGUCCUAUUGGAACAUGUGAAAGAACACACCGGUCAGAAACCCUACAAAUGUGACCAGUGCGACUUCUCUGCUGAACAGAAAGGUGAUCUAGACCAACACGUCGUGUUAAAACAUGACGUUGAAAAGCCCUUUGAGUGUAGGGAGUGUGGAUAUAGAACAGCUAUUAAGUCUCACCUAUCCCGGCACAUAAAAACACACACAGGUGAGAAACCCUACAAGUGUGACCAGUGCGACUAUUCUGCUGCACAGAAAGGCCGUUUAGAUGAACAUGUGAUAGCGAAACACACAAAUGAGAAACCUUACGUGUGUGAGGACUGCGGGUUCAAGACUGCUACCAAGCACCACCUGUCGCAACAUAAGAGAAAACACACUGGUGAGAAACCUUACAAAUGUGACCAGUGUGACUAUUCUGCUGCACAGAAGGGCCACUUAGACGAACACAUCAUGGUAAAGCACAACGACGAGAAACCCUACAUGUGUGAGGACUGCGGAUACAAAACUGCUAACCGUUGGAACUUGUCCCAACAUAGAAGAACACAUACGGGUGAUAAACCCUACAAGUGUGACCACUGUGACUAUUCCGCUGCGCGAAAGCAUCAUCUAAGCCAACAUAUGGCUAAACACACCGGUGAGAAACCUUACAUGUGUGCGGAGUGCGGGUACAGGACUGCAGAUAAGGCUAACCUAUCUCGACAUAUGAGAAAACAUGCAGGGAUGGACGAGUUUACAUGUGGACCUCCUAUUGCAGACCUUGAAACGGAACAGACUAUGAACAAGACGCACAUCAAAGACGAGGAGACAAAAUACACAGGAUGUCAGCAGGGCGGACUAGAGGACGAGCUAUCCCAGGAAAAUUUGGGUAAGGACCAGGCUACGUACAGCGAGAACCAGGAAACGUAUAGCAGCACCCAAUGGAACAAGACAAAAAUCAAAGAGGAGAAGGAGGACACAAGAGUCACAAGACGACCUCAGGACGUUCUAAGCGAGGAAACGUACAGAGAUGAAUAUAGUUAACCUAACUAAUGAGACCAUAACAACUACAUAACUAGGUCCGUACAGGACAGAUGGGGAUGACCAACAUGAGGGAAUUUGCAGUUGAACUAACAUAUGAGAAACACUACGACAAAUGUGUGGAAAAUGUGUAUACAAGACAGAAGUUAGGUCUCACCUAUCGUAACAUAUGACAAAAGGUCCAAAACCUUAUAAAUGUGACUGAUAGAUAUUCUGCUGCACAGGAAUUAAUGGUUUUGGUAACAAAUUCA